UUGGGGUCCCUUUUAGCUCUGACUCUUCCCCCCAGCCCAGGCGGAUCCGGCGGCCGAUGAGAGCGGCCUGGGCUGCGCUGUCGCUGCUGCUGCUGCCGGCGCUGGGCCGGCGAGUGACGCCCGCGGCCACCGCGACCACCGCGACCACCGGCAUGGCCACCACAACCACCGGCACAGCCACUGCGACCACCGGCACGGCCACCACAACCACCGCAACCACCGGCACAGCCACCGCGACCACCGGCAUGGCCACCGCAACCACCGCGACCACCGGCAUGGCCACCGCGACCACCGCGACCACCGGCACGGCCAGCGCCGGGGACAGCGCCGGGGACGGAUCCGGGGACAGCGCCGAGAUCUCGGCCGCCUUCGUCACCUGCCCCAACGUCAGCGUGGCCACUGAGCUGGCCAGGGCUCUGGUCCAGCAGCGUUUGGCCGCCUGUGUCAACAUCAUACCCGGGGUGACCUCGUUUUUGGGAUUUUUGGGUCCCGGGGCCGUUUUUGGGGCAGUUUUUGGGGUUUUUGGGGUCCCGAGCUGGGCUCUGCUCCCCAGGAGCCGCCACCCGUACGAGGUGCCCGAGGUGUUGGCGCUGCCGGUGGCGCAGGGGAACCCGCCGUACCUGCGCUGGGUGCGCCACAGCGUGCCGCCCUGAGCGCCCGCCCAGCCAAACCCCCGAACCCCAAAAUACCCCCGGAAGUACCCCCCAAAUCCACCCCGAAAUCCCCUAAAAUCCUCCA